AUGGCGGUCCAAGAGACCAUUGCUGCCCGUAAUUGGCAGCAGACCGGAUGCUUUUUUGCAGGUGUCUGGCUCGUUUAUAUCGUCGCCCUCGUGGUUUGGAGACUAUGGUUCAGCCCUCUGGCCCAUAUACCAGGUCCCAAGCUGGCGGCUUUGACUCAAUACUAUGAGUUCUACUACGACUUUGUCCUGGGGGGGCAAUACAACUACAAGAUCAUCGAUAUGCAUGAACGAUAUGGCCCCAUCGUCCGCAUCAACCCUUGGGAAGUUCAUGUUGGAGACCCUGAGUUCUUCUCAGACCUCUACACCAGCCCCAGCCCCAGCCGACGCAGGGACAAGUGGACGUUCUACACCCAACAGUCCGGUGCUCCUCGUACACAGGUUCCUCAUCCAAACGCUCUCGCAGCCCCCAAGACUGCGACUGAAGGCUCUCUUGCUGCCAUCGACCACGGCCUUAACAAGUUGCGUCGAAGUGCGCUGAUCCCUCUUUACACAACUCAAACUGUGCGCGAACUGCAGCCGGUUAUCGAGGAGAGAGUGGAAGCCCUUCUGACUGCGUUCAUGAACUAUGCCGAGGUAUCCAAUGGCCAACCUCUUGAUGUCAUGUAUCCCUACUCGGCCUUGACCAAUGACGUCAUCAACGAAUAUGCUUUUGCUCGAAGUGACCAUCUCGUCGAAAAACCUGAUUUUGGUGCCGAAGUCACCAACGACCUUCUCAUCGGCACCCACAUGGGACCAUGCGUGCAGCAACUCGAUUGGGUGCUCACUCUUGUCAACGCUUUACCCGAGUCCAUCUCGAACCGAUGUAUGCCAGGCUGGGGUGGUUUUCUCAAGAUGAAGAACGAUAUCUUCGAGCAGAUUCACAGUGUCGAUCCUCCCCAGAGCACAGGUAAAUGGAGGAUGGUUGGAGGUCAUCCUACCAUGCUGUCUACCAGGGCCCGAUCUGCACGGGAGAAGAAUGCGUCACGCCAGGCACAGGAAAGCCAAAUCAGUGUUCAAGGCGGCGCUCUUACUACCUCGUGGGCCAUGUCCCUUGCCACAUUCCAUCUCCUCAAUCGUCCUGAGACUCUUCGCAAAUUGCGAGACGAACUCUUUGCUGCCAUGCCUGACGCUUAUGAGACCGUUCCUCUCUCACGACUGGAGAAGCUCCCUUACCUUCGGGGCGUUGUCAAGGAAGCGCUGCGACUCGGUAUCGGAACUAGCAGUCGUCUCGCACGUGUUGCUCCAGACGAGGCUCUUGUAUAUCAUGAUCGCGAGAACGGUGAGGACUGGAACCUACCACCAGGAUCCAUCGUUGGCAUGAGUCCUUACAAGACUGUCAUGGACGAGAGUAUCUUUUACGACGCCCGAGGCUUCCACCCUGAGCGCUGGGUGGAAGAUGGUGAGCGACUUGACAAAUACCUCGAUAUCUUCUGCUCUAGUUCUCGCAUCUGUCUCGGCAUGGCUCUGGCCCACGCCGAGCUUUACCUUACACUGGCCAAGCUCUUCCGCCGAUGGGGAAGUGGUGGUGUUGUGUUUGGCAGUGAUGACGGCGACCAACGCUAUGGAGACGUUGGCUACCUCAGCAUUUUCGAAACGCGAGUUCGAGAUUGUGAGAUCGAUGCCGACUACUUCAUGCCCAUCCCAUACAAGGGAUCCGAGGGUUUCCGCUUCUCCUUCGAAACCUACUAA